GUCGGAUAUAUUACAUGUGUUCUCUUUAAGAUAACCUUAAUAUUUAAACCUGACCGUAUUUUAGACCCCCCUUCCAGUCUUAACAGCACUGUGGAGACGGACACGGGCUGCAGAAUGUUAAGAACAGUGCUGCUCCUUAUCGCUUUGUCUGGCCUUCAAGCCAGACCUUUGCCGAAUGAUCUUCUUCGGUUCCAAAAUGGCGGCUGGGUGAUUGGAGCUCCACAAUUGGUCCAAGAUCAACUGAUGGACAAUUUUGUCUAUUCUGAAAGCAAUGCACAAUCUAGACGUUCCCCAACAGACCUGAAUAACGGCCUUAUCAAGAAACAAAGCAGUGUAAUAAACUCUGAAUCUAAGGAGAAAGUUGCUGUUGCUCCUGCUGUUGAAGUGAAAGUGCAGGACAAUCCGAUCCAGAAAGCCUUUGGUGCUGAGAACCGUAGACAGGGCACAGAACCUUCCAGACGUUUCCUGGUGGAUCUGAACACUGGCCUGCUGAAGGAACACGUCAGCGAGAUGGACAGGAGAGUUUCAGGAUUCUACAACUACCCAUCUAACAGAGAGUUCAGACAGGGUACUGAACCUUCCAGACGUUUCCUGGUGGAUCUGAGAACAGGCCUUUUGAAGAGUCACGUCAGCGAGAUGAACAGGAGAGUUUCAGGCUCUGAAGAAACUGUAGCAGGAGAGAGGGUGGAAAUCCAGAAGGCACGCCCCGUUGAGAUGCGCAGACAGGGAACUGAACCUUCCAGACGUUUCCUAGUGGAUCUGAACACCGGCAUCCUGAAGGAGCACGUCAGUGAGAUGGACAGGAGAGUUUCAGGCUUCUCUCCAUAUAACUCUCCAUCCCGUCAGGAGUUCCGGCAGGGCACUGAAAACUCACGCAGAACUCUGGUGGAUAUCCGGACCGGCCUGCAGCUUGCUCAUCUAACAGAGAUGCAGAGGAGCACAUCACCAUUGGAUGAAUUCAGACAGGGCACAGAGUACAGCCCGGCAGCCCUGCUGCAGCUCAGAGCAGAGCUGAUGGAGAACAUGGAGAGAGAUAAAUUUACUGAAGAUCAAAGCAAGGGCAAAGACAGCGCUCAUCACAGAGCAUCUCCACCUGAGAUCCGCAGACAGGGAACAGAACCUUCCAGACGUUUCCUUAUCGACCCCAACACUGGCAUGCUGAAGGAACACGUCAGCGAGAUGGACCGGAGAGUCUCAGGCUUCUACAACUACCCAUCCAACUACGAGUUCAGACAGGGCACUGAGAACUCUCAGGCUACUCUGGUGGACAUCAGAUCUGGACACCUUCUGGCUCCACUGUCAGAGAUGCAGAGGACAGUAGCACUAUUAUCUGACCAAGGAAGUAUGGAACACUCUCCAGACAUUUCACCAGAGCUGCACAGCAACCACCUUGUAGAGAACAUAGGAGCAAAUGAAGUACAUAUACCUGACUUCAGACAAGCUGAAAACAUGGAGCCGCAGAAAGCUCUAGAACAUAAUGAGGUUAUGGAGGAGUUAAUGCAUGGUAUGGAAUACAGCCAUGCUAACAUCAUUGAUAACCACAUCAUGGAGUCUGCUGAGAUGAAGAAAAUUGAUGAUGAUGGAGUUACUAUGUGCCAGGGGGAGGAAAUUGAUGGGAAAUGUUAUUAUUUCAACUCAAAUCUACUGACCUUCAGUGAAGCCGAGACUUCCUGUAAAACGUUCUCUUCACUUGGACACUUGGCUUCAGUGACGAGUUCUGGUCUACAUGUACGACUUGUGGAGUUGGUGACCAGGGCCAAGGGUGAAGGAGUCCUGACGUGGUUAGGUGGCAUCAUGAGGGAUGCCCAGUUUGAGUGGACUGAUGGAUCUAGCUGGGAAUAUAGUGACUGGAUGCCCGGUCACCCCAGCACAGAGAAAUACGAGCAGUCCUGCAUGGAGAUGUUCAGAAUGGGUGAGAGCUGGUGGACAGCAGCAGACUGUGACCUGAAGAGAGCAUCAGUUUGCUCAUACCCUGUAAGAGCACUGUGAUCCAUCUUAUAACAUACUCAGCAUAAAACGAUCACUGAGCAUCAUAUCAAAAGUUCCUUAACAUAUAUAUGCAGGAUGUUCAGUAUAUACUUUUAAACCUGAUCUAAUAAAUAAAUGCAGUUUUCUGCCUUACAAA